AUGGAGAACUGGGUCAGAGCAUGUGAGCUGGAGAACAGUUCCCAGACGGUGGCCGUGGCAGAAGGCGUCCUCCUGAGCCAGGCAGAGAACAAUAAGCCGGAAGACAAGCAGGUGGAGGGCCAGGCGGACGUGGCCAGUGAUUUCCCUGGGACAGAAAAGGCCCUGCUGGAUCCCAUGCUGCUAUUCAAGGGGUUGGUGCAGGACAACGAUGAAGGUGCCAUCACACCAGGCAGUGGGAAAACGUCAACGCCUUGUUCCAGAUCUUCUCCUGUUCAUGGUGAAGGGGAAAGAGAUGGUCUGUGUUUAUCUCAGGGUCGUGUUUCCUUUGAGGAGGUGGCUGUGUAUUUCACAGAGGAGGAGUGGGCCCUGCUGGAUCGAGGCCAAAAGUCCCUGCACAGGGAAGUCAUGGAGGAGAAUUGGCGGAAUUUGUCCUCACUAGCAAGGGAUGUGUGGGAGAUAGCAAAAGAAAAACAAGCACAUGAAGCUUUGGAGGAAACCCAUAAGUGUCCAGACACAGCAGAGAAUAUUGGGAAUAAAGGUGGACUAAAGAUCCAGGAGGGAACGCAAAGAAAUAUGGAGAAGAAUGAAGCCAUUGUUAGUCUGGAUGGUGGCUUGCAUGAAAUUCCAGUCCAUCCAAAAAUGCACAAAGGAGAAACAAGGAAUGAGUGCUCAGCAUGUGGGAAAAGGUUUGCUUAUAAAUCAACCCUCGAGAACCACUGGAAAACCCACACGGGGGAGAAACCAUAUUCAUGUAUGGAGUGCGGGAAAAGCUUCAGUCAGAGCUCAACCCUUAGUUUACAUCAAAGAAUCCACACUGGGGAGAAACCGUUUAAGUGCCUGGAGUGCGGAAAGAGCUUCAGCCAGAGGGAUAAACUUACCUUACAUCAAAGAAUCCACACAGGAGAGAAACCAUUUAAGUGUCUUGAAUGUGGAAAGAGCUUCAGCCGGAGGGAUACACUUACUUUACACCAAAGAAUUCACACAGGAGAGAAACCCUAUAAAUGCCUGGAGUGUGGAAAGAGCUUUAGGCACAGCUCUAGCCUUACUUUACAUCAAAGAAUCCACACAGGAGAGAAACCAUAUGAAUGUCUGGAGUGUGGGAAGCAUUUCAGUCAAAACUCCUCUCUUAUUUUACAUCAAAGUAUACACACCGGGGAGAAACCAUAUGAAUGUCUGGAGUGUGGAAAGACUUUUCGUGUGAGCAGUCACCUUCACUCACAUCAAAGAACCCACAAAGCAGAGAAACCCUUUAAAUGCCUUGAUUGUGGAAAGAGCUUCAGCCGGAGGGAUAAACUUACUUCACAUCUCAAAACUCACACAGGAGAGAAACCAUUUAAAUGUCUUGAGUGCGGAAAGAGCUUCAGCCAGAGAGAUAAACUUACUUCCCAUCAUAGAAUCCACACAGGGGACAAACCUUUUGAAUGUCUGGAGUGUGGAAAGAGCUUCACCCGGAGGGAUAAUCUUACUUCACAUCAAAGAAUGCAUACACGGGAGAAACAAUAG